AUAGAGCUGACUGUGUGACGGGUUGCGUUUCGUACUGACUGUAUUCCACUGUAACACUUUAUGUUUACAUUUGCACCAACUGCUUUAAUAAGUAGGCUAUACAAGCGGCGUUUUUCUGUUUCAGCACGUCGAUUAAGUCUGAGAACCAAGUUGGACCCCUUGACUACAUCUGAAAUGGGAAAUUCAAGUGGACACAUUGACAGAUUGGGAAUUCCUCCAGGAAAAGGACCUCAUCAGGUGGGAUGCACGGAUUUAAUGCUGGGACACACAGUACAGGGAACUCUCUUCAGACUGUAUUAUCCAUGCCAAUCAUUCGAGAGUUCAGAGAAACCAGACUGGAUUCCAUGCAGAGAAUACUUUAAUGGGCUUGCUGAUUUCAUGAAAAUGAGCCGAGCAAUCAGCGAAAAAAUCUUUAACUACCUCUUUGGGUCUUACAAAAUACCAGCAGCAUGGAACGCACCUUUUAAAGCAGAUGGAAAAUACCCUUUAAUUGUUUUCUCCCAUGGACUUGGAGCCUUCAGGAUGUUGUAUUCAGCAAUAUGUGUGGAGAUGGCCUCACAGGGCUUUAUUGUUGCUGCGGUGGAACACAGGGAUGAAUCAGCUUCUGCAACAUUCUACUACAAAGAGAAAAGCAAAACGGAUCCCAAACCUGACACAACACAUAGAAAUUUCAGGCCUGUGUCAAAUAACCUGGAGGAGCAAUGGCUGUAUUACAGACCACUAAAAACAGGAGAGAGUGAAUUCCAUUUAAGAAACAAUCAAGUGAAACAAAGAGCAGAUGAAUGCAUCAGAGCGUUGGAUCUUCUCAUCAACAUCAAUUCAGGAAAGUCAGUGGAAAAUGUCUUACAGUCUGAAUUUGACUGGUUAAAGUUAGAGAACAGUAUGGACUUGUGCAGAAUAGCAGUUAUGGGUCAUUCCUUUGGUGGAGCCACAGCAAUUGAGUGUUUGUCUAAAGAAGUCAAAUUUAAGUGUGGUGUUGCGUUGGAUGCUUGGAUGUUACCCCUUAAUGAGGAGAUCUUUCCAAGUGUGAAACAGCCCAUUUUUUUCAUCAACUCUGAGAAGUUCCAGUGGGCUGGAAAUAUCGUCCGUAUGAAGAAGCUAGAUUCUGCCAUUUUCCCAAGAAAGAUGAUUACCAUUUUGGGUGCAGUCCACCAAAGCUUUCCAGAUUUUACCUUUCUCACUGGUAACUGGAUCGGGAAGAUCAUGAAGCUCAAGGGAGACAUUGACCCUCACAUAGCAAUAGAUCUAUGCAACAGAGCUUCUUUAGCUUUUCUUCAGCGUCACUUGGAUCUGGAGCGAGACUUUAAUCAGUGGGAUCAUUUAAUUGAUGGUAAAGAUGAUCACCUUAUUCCAGGCACCAACAUCACAGUCCUUCAAUCCUCCAUCUGAUCAACUGCAGUGUUGAGUGCUAAUCAAACACAGUGGUUAAGUACACUGAUCAACCAUAACAUUAAAACCACCUCCUUGUGUCUACAAUCACUGUCCAUUUUAUCAGCUCCUCUUACUAUAUAGAAGCACUUUGUAGUUCUACAAUUACUGACUGUAGUGCAUCUGUUUCUCUGCAUACUUUUUAGCCUGCCACCCUGUUCUUCAAUGGUCAGGGCCCCCCCAAAGUACGUAUUAUUUAGGUGGUGGGUCAUUCUCAGCACUGCUGGUGGUAUGUUAGUGUGUGUUGUGCUGGUAUGAGUGGAUCAGACACAAUGCAUCCAUCAAUGCUGAUGGAGUUUUUAAAUAUCGUGUCCACUUACUGUCCACUCUUAGCCACUCCUACCUAGUUGGUCCACCUUGUAGAUGUAAAGUCAGAGACGAUCUCUCAUCUAUUGCUGCUGUUUGAGUUGGUCAUAGACCAUCAGUGGUCACAGGAUGCUGCCCACGAAGCGCUGUUGGCUGGAUAUUUUUGGUUGGUGGACUAUUCUCAGUCCAGCAGUGACAGUGAGGUGUUUAAAAACUCCAGCAGCAGCACUGCUGUCUCUUAUCCACUCAGACCAGCACAACACACACUAACACAACAUGUCAAUCAUCACCACCAUGUCAGUGUCACUGCAGUGCUGAGGAUGAUCCACCACCCAAAUAAUACCUGCUCUGUAGUGGUCCUGGGAGAGUCCUGAGUAUUGAAGAACAGCAUGAAAAAGGCUAACAAAGCAUGCAAAGAAACAGAUGGACUACAGAACUACAAAGUGCUUCUAUAUGGUAAGUGGAGCUGAUAAAAUUGAUAAAAUGUUAUGGCUGAUCAGUUUAUGUAGGCACUGUUCUUUUAAUGAUACCCAGAAAAAAUGUAUUUUUACCAGGGGGCAAAACAUUAUUACAAAAGGUAUAAUAUGUAUUGAUACUGUUGCACCAAUGUUGUCACUUUAAUCUUUAUUUAACUUUUUGUGUAUUGUUCUUGCUAUUGGACCAUGCAUACCAAACACUAUAGGAUAAUAGAAGUUCUAUUUUAAUAGAAAGGGAGUGAUUUCUGUACACAGUAAUAAGACUGUGUCUUAUUCUGAAAGUGUGUGACAGUGCUAUUCUUAAGAUAAGUUUAAUUUAAUGUUAAGGUAAUACCAGGCCCACUGCCACACUGACCAGAAGUAUGUACCACAAAGCAGGAUUAGUGAGAUCGCAUCCACAGCAAAACUUGUGUAUACUUAAAUAAUUCCUUUCUGCUUUUUGGAAUGUUUUAGCCCUCAUGGUGAAGUGUUAUAAGAAACUGAAUAACAAUCAUACAACAGUGUGUGGUGCCUUGUUCUUACAACCACUUUAUGCAGCGUUGCCUUUUUAUACAGUGUGGCCAGAGUAAUAGUGAAGCACAAAUGAAUAAAUGAUGUGAUCAAGUUGAUAAUUUACCUCAGUGCCAGUCAUGGUUUAAUUUUACCUGAUCAAAAUUGAAUUUAAAUGUAAGAUUUAAUGUUUAUACACUACAUGAUUUUUUGAUAAGAAUAUAAUGUAUAGGCUGGAUGUAAUUUUACCUGUGCAGACAUGCCUACAUUAAUUUAAAUAAAAAUCUUGGACAAUA